AUGCCGCCGCGCCAGGAGGCCGCGGCGAGGCCGCGCGUCGAGGGCGGCCCCGCGCCCGCCGCCCCGAGCGGGCCGCGCCCCGUGGCCGUCGUCGGCCUCGCGGGCUCCGGGGCGGCGGCGCGCCUCGCGGAGGCGAGCCGCGCCGCGGAGGCGGAGCUGCAGCUGGCGCCUGGGCAGCGCCCAGACCUGAACGACGGGGAGCACUUCAAGGUCAUGUGGGAUGUCCUCACGAAAACCCUUGGCGGGCUCCCCCUGUUCGGGGCGGAGCACCUCGCGGCGCUGGAGAGGUCCGCCGCAGUCGUGCUGCGCUUCGGCUCCGACGUCUUCCCGCAGGAGACCGCACUGCCCACGCCCUUGAUGCGGCCCUGCUCGUUCCCUGGCGACCCGCCGCUGGACAUGGACUUCGACUACCUGUCCCUGGCGGUGGCGUGCCAGGUCGUCCUGCACCGUCCCGAUCUUGUCUCUGGUGUGCACAGCUUUAAGCAGCUCUACGGGGGGCGCCUGAUCACGGAGAUCAUACCGGAGGCGGGCGAACACACGGAGUUUACGGGAGAGACGCGGCGCAACGACCCCGUGAGGCAGGCGGAGGGAGAGAUGCGGCUGCACGUGGACGACGCGGAUCACCUGCUGCGGGCACGCUUGCAGCUCCUGGUGGGCGUCAAUAACCCUGCAGGAAUCCAGACAACAUUUGCAGUCGUGCCGCAAGACCAGGUCAUCCAGUCCUGGGGAGGCUGCGACGUGGGGCUGCUGCGGCAGCCCCUCUUCCGCAGCUUCCCCCCCAGCAUCGUGAAGCCCGACGCCGUGCCGCUGCGGCCACUGCUCUUCGGCCCGGAGGAGUGGCCGAUGGUGCAGGCUGACCAGAAGGCUCUCCAGAAGCACGCGGAGGCAGAGUUCCCGAGCUUCGAAACUUCUUCGGCGGCGCACGCUUGGAGCGCGUUUCACUCGUUCCUCCGGUCCUCAAGCUGCCUCAGCGGUGUCGUGGUGGGCCCAGGGGACGUGUUGCUCUUGGACAACUACCGCAUGAUGCACGGGCGCGAGGAGAUUCCCCCAGUACCAGACGUGAGUGCCCGCCGCUGGGUGAAGCGGCUGUGGUUGUCAGCAGCACCCAUGGAGGCAGUUCUUGAUGGGUGUGCCCGGUUCCAUGGGCACCCGCGUGUUUUUGACAGGCUGGACGUGUUUGAAAAGCAAGCGUCCAAGCCGCACCCAGACCUCCCCGCCAGCGGUCCGCACGCUGAGAGGAGGCCGUCGCAAUGA